UCUGUGAUUCGACCAGUGACAAGGAAACAUGGAUAACAAGUAAGUUAAAAGGGGAGGUCCAUUGCCUAGACACUCUGCUAGUGAUAAAACAGAGUGAUUGAACUCAAAUUUUGCAGAGACAAGUGAAACAGCACAAAAAAUGGCAAAAUUAACAAGUAGCCAGCCACAUGUAGUCAUCUUCCCGUUCCCUGUGCAGGGCCACAUAAACUCAAUGCUGAAACUAACCGAGCUACUGUGCCUUGCAAACAUCCAUGUCACUUACCUCCUCACUGUCCAAACUCAUGCUCGUCUCCUGGCCAAUACAAACGUUGUCUCGAGGUACACUAAGUAUCCAGGCUUUCGUUUCCAGACGUUACCUGAAAGCGUCUCAGAUGGAAAUGCACAGUCCAUGGAUAUUCUACUUAAUUUGUACAACUCUCUGAAAACUGCUAAAGGAUUUUUUAGAGAUUUGCUGGUGAGUGAAGGCUUAAAGAAUCCGGUGACUUGUAUUAUUACUGAUGGUGUCAUGAGAUUUACACUUGAUGUUGGGGAAGAGAUUGGCGUUCCUGUUAUAUACUUUCGUACAAUCAGUGCUUGUUCAUUUUGGUCUUACUUUUGCAUGAACAAGCUUGUUGAGGCCGCAGAGUGUCCUUUUAAAGGGAAUGAUAUGGACUUUCCGAUCAAGAGUGUACCAGGCAUGGAAAGUUUUCUCAGGCGACGUGAUCUGCCAAGUCUGUUCCGUGUUGCUGACAUAAAUGAUACUGGUUUCCAGAUGUGGUUAACCGAAACUCAGCAAACUGUUCGAGCUCAGGCCUUGAUACUAAACACAUUUGAGGCUCUUGAAGGACCAAUUUUGUCUCAGUUACGCACUCAGAUUCCAAACAUCUACACAAUUGGACCACUUCAUGCUCACCUCAAGGCCUAUACCAAGUUGGAACCCGCCUCGUCCCCUCUGUCUCAAUCAAACAGUUUAUGGGAAGAAGACAGGGGCUGCAUCAAGUGGCUAGAGGACCAGCCCCUAAAGUCAGUGAUAUAUGUCAGUUUUGGAAGUCUUGCGAUGGUUACAAAAGAGCAGCUCAUGGAAUUUUGGCAUGGUCUGGUCAAUAGUGGGUACAGAUUCUUGUGGGUAAUGAGACCAGACUCAAUUACUGGUCCUGAGGGUGGACAGGAGAUUCCCGCAGAGCUGGAGGAGGGAACAAAGACAAGAGGUCAUAUGGUAAACUGGGCGCCACAAGAAGAGGUUCUAGCUCACCCUGCAAUAGGUGGAUUUUUGACUCAUAGUGGAUGGAACUCAACUUUGGAAAGUAUAUGUGAAGGGGUGCCAACGAUUUGUUGGCCAUAUUUUGCAGAUCAACAGAUCAAUAGUCGAUUUGUUGGAGAGGUUUGGAAGAUUGGGUUGGAUAUAAAAGAUACUUGUGAUAGAGUUAUUAUUGAGAAAGCUGUCAAAGAUCUCAUGAGGGAUAGGAAUGAAGAGUUUUCAAAAUCAGCCAUUGAGAUGGCUAAACUAGCCAGCAAAGCUGUCAAUGAAGGAGGAUCAUCGCGCUCUAAUCUGAACAAGCUGAUAGAAGACAUCAAGUCAAUGUGUAAUCUGUCACAACAUGCCUGAACUCAAGUUUCCUAAAAUCUGGUACUCUAGCAUAAACAUGAACCUUCUCAUUUCUUAUCUUUUAAAACCAAUAAUUGUUAAACUUGGCACCUUCAUAAGCUUUUGUUAUGUUACUUAUGUAAUCCCUUUGGUUCUUCUCUUUCCAAUGUUUUAUGGUUAUAUGCAAAGAAGAAGAAUAAUUUACAAUCAGUAAUUUGCUUGGCACUAGUAAAAUAUAUUGUUUUAAAAGUUAGAAGAGAACCAACAUUCAUUAGCUUCUCUUUGAUAGUAGCUUUUAGAAGUUCCAGGGAAUUAUAUACUUGUCAUCUUCUCUAUGAUUGAUUGUAUAUUAUUUUUUUUUAAUCGACCA